AUGUUAAAAGCACAAGAAGAAUUAGAUUAUAAACCAGGAAUUUAUACACAAUGGGAAUCAGCAUAUAAUAUGGAAGAUAAUAUUUGUGGAUGUUAUAUAUCAAUGGAAGAAUUUAUUAAAUCACCAGAUAAUACAGUUGAAAAAGAAUUUGAAGUAAUUAUUCCAAUAGAUGAUUUAUUACCAUUUGCUGCUAUGAAAAUGUUUCCUAAUGCAUUAUUUGGAAAUUUAACACUUGAAGUUAAAAUGGCAAUUCAACAAAAUUUUGUUAUUUGUCAAUGUAAACAAGAAACAAUAUUAAAUAAAAUUUCACAUAUUUCAUCAUCUUCAUAUAGUGGAUCAGAUGAAAUAAAAGAUAAUAUAACAGAAGUAAUUAAAAGUGAUAUAUAUAAUAUAAUUAAAAGAAAUGGAGAAUAUCAUGCAUUUACACAAAUAGGUGAUUCAUUUAAUGUUCAUUCAUUUACUGGUGCAUUACGUGAAUCACAAAAUAUUAUUGUUGGAAAAGAUACAACAGUAAGUUUUAUGAUAACAGAUGGAAGUUUAAAAUAUUGUAGAACAAAUAUUAAUGGAUUUAAUAUUAAAGAUAGUAUAUUAAAUGAAUUAAUAGAAAAAUAUCAAACAAAAGAAUUAAUUAUUCCUUCUCAAUAUGUUGAUUAUCAAGCAUUUUCACAAAAACCAAUGACUAAUGGUUUAAAAUGUAAUACUACUUAUGCUAUGACAAAUGUAAAAUAUAAUGAAAUAGAUACUAAUUCAAUUAUAGGAAAAGCAGGAAAUGGAAAAUAUAUUCCACCACUUAAAGAUAAUACAUCAUAUUGUUUCUUAUGUAGUACUGAAAGAUUAAGUGGUUAUGGUACAUUUUGUGAUGGAAUUACUAAAGAUAAUGCUCAUGUAACACUUUCUGGAACUUUAUUAAUUCCUAAUAAUGAACAUCCUUAUAUCACUAAUCCUUUAACUAAAGAAUCAAAUGAUAGAUGUCCAAUUAUGCUUGUAUGUCAAGAUUGUUUCUGGAGAUGUACAUUACAAGGUGGUUGUGAAUAUAUUUGUAAUAACAAAUAUUUUGUUAAAGAAAAAACAGGAACAGAUUAA